AUGAUUAAAAGAAUGUAAAGUAAGGAGGACAUCAUAAAAGAUUAAUACAUGAAGACUUUAACAUGUUUCUUAUAAGACAGCACUCUUUAUGACUGCUUAUCUAUCAAUAAUUAAGUCAGUGUAAUUGAUUAGUCAUUCUCCUUGUAUGAUGUUUUCAAUGUCUUUAUCGAGACACAUAUUGAUGAAGUAUUGUUUUGGAAUCCAGAUGUAGCUUAUUAUGAUGGAGUAUUCACUCAAACUGAUUUGAUUAGAAUCAUUCUCAAAUGCUAUCAAAACACUAUAAAUGGCAUUCCGAAUGUUUGGGGAAAUAGUAAGAAUUAAGUGUAGCCCAUAAUGGAAGAAGAAGAUGAAGAUAGAACAUCAACUCCUGUCACCAAAACUUAAGUAAUUGGCUAGGAGUAAAUUAAUAAGUUGCUCAUUGAUUUGAGGACUAUCUCUGUAAGAGACUGGUUUAAUUCUUAUGGAGAAAAUCUUCAUUAAAGCAGUCUUGUUCAGGCAGAUAUGGCUGAUAACCUAAAUGAUGCCAUGAAAAAAAUAUUAAAGUAGGGUGUAACAAGAAUUGUAGUUAUUGAUACUGAAUCUAGAGUUAUUGUGGGCAUCCUCUAGCAAAAAGAUAUUUUGGCUUUUCUUGUUAAAGGAUUUAGUUAGUAUUUCCAUCUAUAAUUAUCCCAAAAAUCACUUAAGAUUGAAGUUCGAAGUGAAACUCAAUAACAAUCUGAACAACAUGAUUUGGAAAUAGGUUACUUUAGUGAUACCAUACUCCAGUUGAACACCAAACUCCCAUUCGACACAAAUGUAUAUGACGUGUUUUAUAAAUUGAUUUAUGUUUUCAAAAGAAAUGCUAUUCCUAUUGUGGACAUUAACAACUAGUAUUUGGGCUUGAUUGAUAGAAGGGAUUUUUUAUUCAUCCUCAAGUAUCAAGUCUACGACAUGCUCAAUAGAUAAGCCAUUGAUUUAUUGAAUUUUAUUAGAAUUGAGAAAUCUAAGUAUGCAGGCUUUAGUAUUUGUAACAAAGAGCUAUUUCACAUGAAAUAAACUGUAAAAGAAGUUGUUGAAAAUUUACUUCUCUCGUCUAGAGGUAGUCUAGUAUGUCUGAACGAUAACAAAGAACCCAUUUCCACACUCUAGAUGUCUGAUCUCUUCAAAAUAUGUUUAGAUGAUAUCGAAAUAGAAUGAAAUUAUUCUACAAUAA